UAAGUAUAUAAAUGUUAAUUAUUAUCACGUGACACAUGUAAACACUUGAUGAGGAUAGACUAAAUAUUUACUAAGGUCAAAUAAGUCAAGAUGGAUUCUUUGAUGAAUGUAAUUUUUAUUGCCAGUGUAAUUCAUUUAAAUUUUGUUUUUGGAAUACCACCACCUCCACCCAACCUUGUUCCUGAGGCUUGUAAUCUAACAGUUUGGCAUGGGCAUUCAGAUGUGACAUCACAACGAAUUGUCGUUUUGGAAGGCGAUACCAUUAAUUUGGUUUGCGAUGCCAGAUGUACAAAUGAUCAUUAUACACCAGUUCUGAAAUGGAUCAAUCCAAACUACAGGCUUGUGUGGGAUAUUCCUGGCAGAUUGUUCACAGCACCUAUGAACAGUCAUCGUUUACAGACACUCUAUAUACAGGAUAUAUCAGUAGAAGACACUGGGGUGUAUAAAUGUCAAGGUUGGAUUGGUCACUGGACAGAAACAUUUGUCCAAAUUGCUAUGGAUGAAAUAGACGUAACUGAAUAAGAUACGAAGAUGUUGGAUGUCAACAAAGAAAAACAAUCUUAUAUGUGCAAUGUUUUUAUUUCAUACAUGACACUAAAAUAAGUAUUCAGACUUUUAUGUGACGAUAAGACAAGUUUUUAAAAUGUUUUGUUCAAUGUGUAGAAUGUGAAUUAAUUAUUGUAUAUAUGUUAAUUAAUUAUGUGUCCAUUCCUAAAUUAUGAUUUUUGUGUUAACUGUUUACAAAUUUUUAAUUGUUCGAAACACUAAACAUGAUUAAGUCAGUAAUAGUUCAAAGUUUCCUUGCUUAUAAUAGAUUGGUUCAUAGUGUGUAAAAUUUUGCAGAGUAGAGCUAGCAAUUAACUUGCAAAUUUGGCACAUUGUAUAUAUAACAUAUAGGUCAUUGUUUGGCCUAUAAUGAUAAGUAUUGUAACUGAAACCAUUAAGUGAGCAGUAAAUGGGUCGAGAACAGGAAGCAAAACUUAACAACAUUCUCAACAAACUAGUUUUAUGAUAUUUUACUACUGUCACUAUGCUUUCGUUAUGAUCAUCAUAUGCUGUUUUCUUAUGAUUAUUGAUAAUCAGCUUAUACUCAUGUGAUAACUUUUGUGUACAUACAUGUAUAUGCUCAAAUAGAUGUAAAUAGUUAUCAAAGGUA